GGAAGAGGAUGCCCCCUCCUGGCCGGUUUUGCUGCCCCACGUCCCUCGCGAGGAGCCUCUUUCUCCGAGAGCGCGUUGCCUGGCGUUCUCCUUGCUUCCCAGCCCCUCCAAUCGGGUGCCGGGCUCCUUGGGGGCGUCCCUUCUCUCCGGGUCCCCCGCCCGCGCCCGGCUUGGGGCGCCCCCUCUCCCUGCUUAGGGCGGGCGCCGGAACAGUGUCGCCGGCCGCCUGCAGGUGUCUCCCCACGGAGGGGCGCGCGUCCCUGCGCCGUGGCCGCUGCCAGGCUCCAGCGGCUCCUCGCCGAGGUGCACUCGCGCUCCGGGCUCCGGGCGCGCCGGAGCCGCUCGGCCGCUGCCGCCCGCCCCCCGCGCCCCCCGCGCUCCCCGCGCCGCGCCCUCACCCCGGGGCGGGGGAGGGCAUGGGCCCGCGCGGCGUCCUCCGCCGCCGAUCCAAGGCGCCCGAGCCCCGGGGCGCGGCGGGCAGCGGCCGCUGACGCGGGGCGCCGGCUGCCAACUUCGCGCGCGGAGCUCCCCGGCGGCGCGGGCGGCAUGAAGACGAGCCGCCGCGGCCGAGCGCUCCUGGCCGUGGCCCUGAACCUGCUGGCGCUGCUCUUCGCUACCACCGCCUUCCUCACCACGCACUGGUGCCAGGGCACGCAGCGGGUCCCCAAGCCCGGCUGCGGCCAGGGCGGGCGCGCCAACUGCCCCAACUCGGGCGCCAACGCCACGGCCAACGGCACCGCCGCCCCCGCCGCCGCCGCCGCCGCCGCCGCCGCCGCGGGGAACGGCCCCCCUGGCGGCGCGCUCUACAGCUGGGAGACGGGCGACGACCGCUUCCUCUUCAGGAAUUUCCACACCGGCAUCUGGUACUCGUGCGAGGAGGAGCUCAGCGGGCUCGGUGAAACAUGUCGCAGCUUCAUUGACCUGGCCCCAGCAUCGGAGAAGGGGGUCCUGUGGCUGUCGGUGGUGUCCGAGGUGCUGUACAUCCUCCUGCUGGUGGUCGGCUUCAGCCUCAUGUGUCUCGAGCUCUUCCACUCCAGCAAUGUCAUCGACGGGCUCAAGCUCAACGCCUUCGCAGCUGUCUUCACGGUGCUGUCCGGCCUCCUGGGAAUGGUCGCCCACAUGAUGUACACACAGGUGUUCCAGGUCACCGUGAGCCUUGGCCCUGAAGACUGGAGACCCCACUCCUGGGACUACGGAUGGUCCUUCUGCCUGGCGUGGGGGUCCUUUACCUGCUGCAUGGCAGCCUCCGUCACCACACUCAACUCCUACACCAAGACGGUCAUUGAGUUCCGGCACAAGCGCAAGGUCUUUGAGCAGGGCCAUCGGGAGGAGCCAACCUUCAUAGACCCUGAGGCCAUCAAGUACUUCCGGGAGAGGACACCACCCACACAUGGGAGAUUCCUGGCCGCGGAGCUCCGCUCACGAGAUGCCGGAGCUGAACCGUCAGUGCUGGGUCCUGGGGCACUGGGUGUGACCGAGACCCAGCCUGGCCCCCGGACCUCAGACGGUCGUCGGAACCGGCCCCCUGCCAGAAGACCACCGGUCUGGCGCCCCUGGAGACCCGGCCCGUGUGCUGUGAACUGAUCCAGCCUGUGUGGGAGACGCAGGCCUGCCCUUCCCACCGCUGUCUGGGGCUCAGGGCCCUGGCAAUGGAGCCGGGGUGGCCUGAGGGAAUGCGCAGGGCUGCGCACGGCGACUCUGGGACAGCAGCUCCUGACCCUUGCUGCCGUCACAUGCGGCGCCCUGUUUGGUGCAGCUGGGACGCCAGGAGAGGCAAGGUCAUCGGCCACUGAGAGCCGGCCAGGAAGUUCAGGAGGGGCCCUGCAGUCGCGAGGCAGGGAGUGGGUGGGGCCUCCCGGCGCUGGCUCCGCAGGGGGGGAGGGGGUCACACAGCAGGCACAUGGCAGGGCCACAAUAAAUGCUUGUUGAACCUGU